CCAGCGAAGCAGGAGGGCGAGGCAGGGCCCUGGGAAGAGGAAAGCGGAGAGGCCCCAAGGAUGCGUGUGUGCGGACGGCCGCACAGAGGAUGAACAGUCAAAAGAAAAGAAAAGAUAUGGAACCUGCUUGUACCUGGAGUUUAUUGUCUGAACAGAAAGCUGCUUCAGGUUCUCUGGCUUCAUAUUCAUGGAAGGAGCUUAUAGAUUACCGGGAAGUAUUUAGAAAACAUCUAAAAGAAAAAUACCUAAAAAUAGGAGUCGAUAAAUGUUAUCACCAUGGCAAGCAUAUAGAGUCGCGACUGCUUGUUGUAAAAGAGCACUGUAUAUCAGAAGAGGCAUCCUGUGGAAUUCCUCAACAAGAUAAUUUUAUUGAGAUGGAACAUGUCUUUGAUCCCGAUGAAGAGGGCUCCAGCUCAUCCCGAACUGUGGUGCUUCAGGGAUGUGCGGGGACUGGGAAAACAGCUGUGGUGCACAAGUUCAUGUUUGACUGGGCAGCGGGAACGGUCACUCCAGGCAGGUUUGACUAUCUCAUCUAUGUAAACUGCAGAGAAAUAAGCCAUAUUGCUAACCUUAGUGCUGCUGACCUGAUCACUAACACUUUUCAAGAUAUAAACGGACCCAUCCUGGACGUUACUCUUAUGUAUCCAGAGAAGCUUCUGUUUAUUCUUGAUGGAUUUCCUGAGCUUCAGCACACUGUAGGUGACCAGGAAGAGGAUCUUAGUGCUAACCCCCAGGAAAGGAAGCCAGUAGAGACCCUCUUAUGUAGUUUUGUGAGGAAAAAGCUGUUCCCCGAAUCAUCCCUCCUGAUAACCGCCCGACCUACGACCAUGAAGAAACUCCACUCUCUGUUAAAACAACCUAUCCAGGCAGAGAUCCUGUGGUUUACAGAUGCUGAAAAGAGAGCAUAUUUCUUGAGUCAGUUUUUGGGUGCUAAUACAGCAAUGAGAGUCUUUUAUGAUCUACGAGAAAAUGAGGGCCUUGACAUUAUGUCUUCUCUUCCCAUCAUCUCCUGGAUGAUCUGCAGUGUCCUGCAGUCACAGGGAGAUGAUGACAGGACUCUCAUGAGGUCACUUCAGACCAUGACUGAUGUGUAUCUGUUCUACUUUUCCAAGUGCCUCAAAACCCUUACAGGCGUCUCCGUGUGGAAGGGACAAAGUUGCCUGUGGGGCCUUUGCUCUUUGGCUGCAAAGGGACUGCAGAACCAGCAGGUCCUAUUUGAAGUCAGCGACCUCAGAAGACAUGGGAUAGGAGUGUAUGAUACCAACUGCACUUUUCUCAAUCACUUUUUGAAAAAAGCUGAAGGAGGUGUCAAUGUCUACACUUUCCUUCACUUCAGUUUCCAAGAGUUCUUGACUGCUGUGUUCUAUGCGCUGAAGAAUGACAGCAGCUGGAUGUUUUUUGAUCAAGUGGGGAAAACGUGGCAAGAAAUAUUCCAACAAUAUGGAAAAGGGUUUUCGUCAUUAACGAUACAGUUCUUGUUUGGCCUCUUACAUAAAGGAAAGGGGAAGGCUUUGGAAACUACUUUUGGCAGAAAAGUCUCUCCAGGACUUCGAGAGGAGUUAUUGAAGUGGACUGAGAAAGAAAUAAAGGAUAAAUCUUCUAGGCUACAGAUUGAGCCAAUGGACUUGUUUCACUGCUUGUAUGAGAUUCAGGAAGAAGAAUAUGCAAAAAGGAUAAUUGGUGAUUUAAAUUCAAUUAUACUGCUUCAACCUACCUAUACAAAAAUGGACAUUCUGGCUAUGUCGUUCUGUGUAAAAAGUAGUCACAGUCACCUGUCAGUGACUCUGAAGUGCCAGCAUCUACUUGGAUUUGAGGAGGAAGAGCGAGCCUCAGCAUUCAUGCCACCAGCUUUGACACUUAAUCAGUCCUUCCAGCUGUGCAAUUUGCCAGUGUCUCGGCUACACUUGCUCUGCCAAGUACUGCGUAAUCCAGAUUGUAAAAUCAGAGACCUGAAACUGAUUUUCUGCCGCCUCACAGCUUCUUGUGGUAGGGACCUCUCCUUAGUGUUUGAAACCAACCAGUGUCUGACAAAUUUGGAGUUUGUAAAAAAUACCCUGGAAGAUUCAGGAGUGAAGCUUCUGUGUCAAGGAUUAAAACACUCAAACUGUAUCUUACAGACAUUGAGGUUGUACCGAUGCCUUAUCUCUCCCGCUUCUUGUGAGGCGCUAGCAGCUGUUCUCAGCACCAGUCAGUGCCUCACUGAACUGGAAGUGAGUGAAACCAAACUGGAAACUUCAGCUUUUAAAUUUCUCUGUGAAGGCUUGAAAGAUCCAAACUGCAAAUUACAGAAGCUCAAGUUGUGUGAUAGCAUUCUCCCCGAAAGCUCAGAGGCUGUUUGCAAGUAUCUUGCCUCUGUUCUUAUUUGCAAUCCACGCCUUACUGAGUUGGACCUGAGUGAAAAUCCCCUGGGGGAUACAGGGGUGAAGUAUCUUUGUGAGGGUCUCAGACAUUCCAACUGUAAAGUGGAGAAACUAGACUUGAGCACAUGUCACCUCACGGAUGCUAGCUGUGUGGAGCUCUCUUCUUUUUUGCAAGUGAGUCAGACUUUAAAAGAGCUGAUUGUGUUUGCCAAUGCCCUGGGGGACACAGGAGUACAGCAUCUCUGUGAAGGUCUGCGGCAUACCAAGGGUAUAAUUGAGAAUCUUGUGCUGUCCGAAUGUUCCCUCUCUGCAGCUUGUUGUGAGUCCCUCGCCCAAGUCCUGCGCUCCACCUGGAGCUUGACAAGGCUGCUUCUAAUUAAUAACAAAAUUGAAGAUUUGGGACUGAAAUUGCUGUGUGAAGGAUUAAAACAGCCUGACUGUCAGUUAAAGGAUCUGGCAUUGUGGACCUGUAACCUGACUGGAGAGUGCUGUCAGGAUUUGUGCAAUGCACUCUACACUAAUGAACAGCUGAGAGUCCUUGACCUUAGUGACAACGCCUUAGGGGACGAGGGCAUGCAGGUGCUAUGUGAAGGGCUAAAACAGCCCUCCUGCAAACUACAGACCUUGUGGUUAGCACAAUGUCAUCUCACAGAUGCAUGCUCUGGAGCCCUCGCAUCUGUCCUCAACAGAAAUGAGAACCUAACAUUGCUAGACUUAAGUGGAAAUGACUUCAAGGACUUUGGAGUGCAAAUGCUGUGUGACGCACUGAUUCAUCCAAUAUGUAAACUUCAGGAGUUCUACAUUGACACGGAUCAUUUACAUGAAGAAACACUCAGAAAGAUGGAAGCUUUAAAAAUAAGCAAGCCUGGAAUCACCUGGUAGUUUCCAAGGAGAGCCCCCGAAUCAGCUGCACAUAGACCCCCUCCAUCUGGCACAAUCUUUGAUAGUAUUCUUGUUCUAAACCUGUUAACCUUUGCUGAGGACACUAGUGUGAAACAAGCAGCAAUGAUUGCUAUUUCUUAUAUAGAUCCAUCCACUAAGUAGGAUGUAAAAGGCAGAAACACCUUAGUUCAAAUGUCUUCAGCAAUAAUACCUUGCAUUCUUAUAUUGUGUUAUAAUGUUGACUGUGUCUUCACAAAAACCCUGGAAGAUGGGAAGAUGAGGCUCAGAGAGGUGGUGACUAGCUCCAGGUCACAAAGCUCAUUAGUGGGACAGUUGGGACUGGAAUCCAGCCAGGUCUCCCAAUACCCAGACCAGGCAGGGAAACAAUAGAAAAAGGACAUGUGAAUGAGUCCACUUAAAGAAACAAGAUACUUUAAUCCAUUUUGAGUAUCUUCUUUCUUUAAGUGGACUCAAGACUUGAAUGUAAGACCUGAAACCAUAAAACUCCUAGAAGAAAAUAUAGACAGUACACUCUUUGACACUGGUCUUAGCAGCAUCUUUUCAAAUACCAUAUC